AUGAUGCGUGAUACCCUCGUGGCUGCUUCGCUUGCAUGCAGCAGGUACAACGCUCUGCGCAGCUUUCUCACAGGGUACCCUGGCUUCUCUGUGCGGGCCCUCGUUGCCGCGGGCGUUUUCGCUCUCCUGGGCUGUUCGCUUUUGACUCUUGUUUCUUCCGCUGCCUCUUCUCUCCCAGCGUGCCUUGCUUCCGCUGAAAGCGGGUUGGACGGAACUCUGUCACCGUCUGCCUCUUGCUCCUUUUUGGCUGAUGACGGGCAAGCUCCGCUGCGUCGCCUGCAGGCUGGCGUCUAUUUGAACGACGAGGACCGCGCGCGCAAGGGACAGAUUUACCUCUGGCUCCCUCUCACCCUAGUCGGAGUUCUCAUUCUGGGCGUCCUGUACAUGCUCCAAAUCGGAAACGUUUUUGACCCCCUGCUGCACACGCGUUUCACCCCGUCCGACCGCACCCGAUGA